CGUCUGAGCGACCGGCCAGGCCAAACUAUCAGCAGAAUUUCUAGAAUUGAUGUCUUCAACCGAGCGUCCCUGAUCUUCAAGUCUGCAUCCUGUCCUAUAUGCAGUAGCACUCAAGAUGGAGAAACGGUCAGCCGAGAGUCCGAUGGACUUUGAGUGGCAGACGAGAGCACCCGGGGACGUCACAUCGCCCUUCUACCAGCUCAGCAUGCAACAUGACAAUCAGAAAAAGCGCCCUCACAGGAUCUUCGACUCGCCUCAAAAGAAAGAAAUCCCGGCUCUGCGAGCGCCGAAUUCGCAACCUUUCCUCUUCUCCCAGAACCCGUCUCUCUCAUCUUCAAAGAACUCGAAGUCACUUUUCGGACAGACAGCAUUCACGACACCGCGCAAAUUGGACUUGGACUUUUCCUCCGGAGCCGAGAACAUGUCAUCACCCGAGAACGCGGACAACGAGGAUACCCCCGAGCAGCCCGCGAAAGCAGGACAUCGAAACUCCCUAUUUGGCAUGUACGGCAAAUUUGCGCCUAGUCCUGGACGCGGCGAGAUUCCCAGAUUGAACCAUUAUUCCAACGCGCUGGCGAGACGGGUACAGAAGCGGCGUCGGCGGGACAAGGUGCUUGGGUUACAACUACGAAAGGACGACAGUGAUGAUGACAGCGAUCGACCGAGCAGCAGUGAAGGGAAAGUGGCUGGCAGGAAGAACUCAAAACAAAAAGAGGGACAGGAAGGAAAGCCGCCGUCGCGAUUAUCGUCGUUUUCGGAAUUUUUCGCCUUGCUCGAAGCGCAUCCCAACGUCCCCAGCAUUCUGUCAUGGUGGGCUCAGUUGGUGGUGAACUUGUCGCUGUUCUCGCUCGCGGUUUACGUUGUGUUCGGGUUUGUGUCGGCCAUCCGUGCCGAAUUUGAGCAGGCUGCGGAGGAAGUGUCUGAUACAAUACUGGCUGAGAUGGCUGUUUGCGCGAAGAGCUACGUGGACAACAAGUGCGCUGGUGGAGAGCGAUUACCAGCCUUGGAGACGGUAUGCGAAAACUGGGAACGCUGCAUGAACCGGGAUCCGGCCAAGGUUGGACGGGCCAAGGUGUCGGCCCAUACGAUGGCUAUCAUCAUCAACAGCUUUAUUGAUCCCAUCAGCUGGAAGGCAAUUAUGUUCUUCCUGGCUACUAUUUCGACUGUCACCGUUGUCAGCAACUGGUCGUUCCGCUCCUUCAGAAAUCGCUUCAACCAGCAUGAGUAUGCACCUCCGCCACCGACUUUCUCUCGACAGCCGUCCGGCCAACACCACCCGCCAGUGCCGUCGUCGCAGUAUUCUUUUCAACAUAAUCCAGAGCUUGCCUACAGUGACCACGCUCAGGGACAUAUUCCAAACUUUGACAACAAGUCAGAGGUGCCCUUGAUGCUUGAGCAUCCACAGAUGGAUUUCGUGACAGAACGAACCCGUGAUCGCGAGAAUCACAUGCGCACCCCAAGUCCUGUCAAACGGAAUCGGCACUUUUCAUGAGACAUCGUGUUCCGUCUCUUAUUUUUCCUUCUGGUAUUUAUUUGUUUAACUAAACGACUUUUUUGGACACAGAAUUGCAUUAGCCGGUGGAUCCCGUAGCAUCGAUGGUUAUACAUUCAACUCUUCCUAUGUAUUCUCUUUCCUUUCAAUUUUCUUUGUGCUUGAGGGAUACUUGAGUUUGGCGGCGUCCACUUGUGAGGAAGGCGAGGUAUUGCAUAGUGUCAGGCCCAGGAGUUAAGUAGGUGCUUCAUGUCCAAAUGAACGAACUUUCCAC